UACACGCACUUACUACGUACACUGGUGAUACCUUGAGAAAAAAAGGUGUCCCGCGGCUAUUUCAGCAUCUCAGUCGUCCCAGGGUUGGAGAUGGAUACUUGAACAGGAAGGUUCCGAGAUAUGAGCACAAGAAUUUAUGCAAAAAGGACGCCCUAAGCUAGGUGGAGUAUCAUCUCAUCAAGACAUCGGUAACGCCACGUUACUAGUUAGUGUGUCCCCACGAAGCCUCCAUGGGGAUUAUCACGUACAGGGCAAAGAAUAAGCCGUAGCUAGAUCAAGUUAAAAGUAAGAACGUAUACCAGCCGGGCCAAAUCAAGAAAUCCAGCGACUGUUGUGCAACCCAGGUCAUCACAAAUGGAGACUUUGGGUACAAUACAAUACUUGCGGACGUAGUUGGAUAUCCCCAACCAAGCUCAACACGCAUGUACCUACGUCGUCAUCACCGAUAGCAACCCCCUCAGCAGAAUACACUUAUCUCUGCAUAGAUAACUGAGCUCGGCGUGUCGUCAAGCUUUAAGCCGAAAAGUCGCAGCUCUAGGUUCCGGUCGUAGUUCCUUGCCAAUAGGUAUAUCACGUCGAUUUAUCGUGGUUACAAUAGGCUUCUCAAACCGAGUUUUCGGUCUCUCGUACCGCGGUGUGCGCCCAGACUGGUGCUUUAUCAAUAAUAUGAAUCCGCCAAUGUACCCAUUGUCGCCAAGGUUGGCGUCAACCACUGCCAAGUUUAGGAAUCGUGUCCCAACUCAACUUCGAAGAGUCAUUAUCAUAUACAUUAUAUGCGCUUGCGUUCUAUUAAUCAUUCUUAACAUCGAUUUGGUACCUUCAAUGCCGAAUUACAGCGGAGUACUCAAGCGGGAUACGACUCCACGGAAAGCAGCCGACUCGAAGGCGCUUGGAGGGUUUCCGAGGAAAAUAUGGCAGACUUGGAAGAUUGAUCCUUUCUCGUUUGAAGAGAGGGAUUCUACGACGGCCAAGACGUGGACAACAAGAAAUCCGGGUUUCAGGUACGAGGUCCUGACAGACAGCAAUGACAUGAAUUACGUUGAGGAACAAUUCGGUCCUUCUGGGUUCAACCGCGAGGACAUCAUCGACCUGUACCGAUCAGUCAAUGCGACAAUAAUCAAAGCGGACCUUCUACGCUACCUCAUCAUGUAUGCGGAAGGGGGCGUUUACGCUGACAUUGACGUCGAAGCGCUCCGGCCAGUACAAAGAUUCAUUCCAGAGCGCUAUAAAAUAUCAGAGGUUGACAUGGUCCUUGGGGUUGAGAUCGACCAACCAGAGUUCAAAGACCAUAAGAUCCUUGGUAAGAAGUCGCAGUCAUUUUGUCAGUGGACAUUUAUGGCAAAACCACGACUUCCAGUGAUGCUUAAACUGAUCGAAAAUAUCAAGGGCUGGUUGACUGAAAUUGCUAAUAAGCAAAAAGUCCCAAUCGGAGAAGUGGUGCUUGACUUCGACGAAGUGAUCAGCGGCACUGGUCCAUCUGCAUUUACCGCAGCUGUCCUGGAGGAGAUGAAUAAGCGGAGCGGUAGCGUAAGCAUCACGUGGGAUGACUUCCAUGAUCUUGACGAAUCCAAAAUCAUUAGUGGUAUCCUAGUCUUGGAUGUAGAGGCAUUCGCGGCAGGUCAAGGCCAUUCUGACUCUGGGAACCACAAUUCAAGGGGCGCGCUCGUGAAGCACCACUACCAUGCGUCAAAUUGGCCGAGCCGACAUCCCCGAUUCAAUCAUCCGGUUUAUGGCGAAGUCGAAAGGUGUAAUUGGAAUGCUGAUUGUGUGAGGAAAUGGGACGAAGACGUAGAAGCAUUCGAGCUUCUACCUCUUGAGGUACAGCAGGAAAAAAUCAAGGAGAAGAGAGCACAGGAUAGCCAAUUAGUGCUAAAUACGAAUUCACAACUGGAAUUAAGAGAACCAAACCCGAUACCAGUAUCACAAUAAUAUCUACCUAUUGCCCACGACAGGUAGGUAGGGACUAGGUAGGUAGGUAUCCGUGGAUAGCACG